CUGACUUGACUUCGACUUCGACUUCGCUUUUCCUAACUGCAAUAUUUUUGCUGGCGAUUUUUCUGCUCGUUUUUCCAAGCUGCUUUUUCAAUUUUUUUUUUUUUUGAUUUUUCUGUCGCUAAACUGGUGCGUGGCUGCUGCGCAUGCGUGUGAGCCAAAACUGACCGAACGUAUAUAAGCGAUUAUAGGGCCGGGCUGGCCAACAGUCAGCCGCGUUGCUCUACAUCGAGCGUGCGUUGCGUGUGCCGUGUGCCGAUAUUUCGAAUACGUAUCAAUACGAUAUUAAGAAUACGCAUCCACGAAGGACAUUCAUCCUGAACCGUUGGAUUAUAACAAGGAUUACAAACUCGUGCAUUCGUUCGAAUAAAUUUGUGAAUUCUAAAACACAAUCAAUAUAGUGCGCUCAACUAUAUCCGAACGUUUUCAUAAGUGAAAUAUAAGUGAAACUAUGAAGCUCCGACUCUUUACGCUGCUAUGCGUGCUACUGAGCUCUGCACUGGCAGAACCCUCACCCACAGUCGCGCCGGCGAUUGUGCCCUGCAUUCAUGCGGGUGGUCAGGCUGGCUACUCGUAUGCACCGCCAGCUGAGGUCAAGUUCUCCAUAACGCCAGGCGUCACCAAGUACAGUCAAACGCCCGCCAUUUCCAGCUACUCCGAGAAUGGAAAACUCUUGCAGGCAUCUGUGGGCAGUGGCCUGGCUUCCUAUGAGUCGACCGCAGGACUUUCGGGCUACUCGCACGGCGGUCUAACCCAGAUAGACAAGUAUGUGGCGCCCGUACAGAAGUCGCUGUUUACACCCUCGGCGGAUUAUGGUGGAGCGGGCAUCACCUAUGCCGAGAAGUCGCCAGCUGCCAAAUAUGCAACUGUAGUGCCCUCUGGCAUUGAGCUCAAGAACUUGGUUUCGCCAGCUUUGACCAAGACGGUGCUGACGGCUCCCAAGCUGGAGAAUGCCUACCUGCCAGCUGCGCCGGCUUUGACCAAGGUGUCCACCUACUCCUCGCCCGGCUACACCUACAGUCAAUCCACUCCAGGCAUUUCCAAGUCGGCUACUUACACAUCGCCCUCGGCUUCCAGUGGAGCAUACUAUGCGUCACCCGUGACCACCAAGGUGGAGACCUACACCUCACCAGGUUACACGUACUCUAAGGCAACGCCUGGCUUCUCCAAAGUGGAGACCUACAGCUCACCGGGCUACAGCUACUCGCAAGCAUUACCAGGUGCUGCCAAGAUAGCCACCUACUCGCCCUCAAUUUCCUAUGGUGCACCUGCCAUUGCCAAGAUAGCCAGCUAUGCUGCCCCGGCGCCUGCCCUCAAGCUGGCCACCACCUCGUCGCUGUUCUCCUCGCACGGCUCUGACUACUCGGCCAGCUAUGCACCCGCACUGACCAAGACCUAUUUGCCCGCGGCACCUGCCAUUGCCACCCAAUACAUUUCCUCACCUGUCAAGGUGGCCUACAGUGGUCCUGCCGUAUCCACCUAUGCAGCAACUCCCAUUAGCAAGCUGAGCACGAGCUUUAGUGCCAGUGGCUCAGGAGCCGUCUCCCAUCAGUAUGUUUCCAAGCCCGCCGUAGCUACCUAUGCAGCUGCUCCGGCUGUAGCCAAGAUUUCGAGCUAUGCUGCUCCUGCCAUUAGUACCUACUCCACAGCACCUGCACUCACUAAGAUAUCCAGCUAUGCUGCUCCGUCCAUAUCCACCUACUCCUCGGCUCCGUCACUCGCUAAGGUUGCUACCUACAGCCAAGCUGCUGAUGUUUCGCAUCAAUACAUCUCCAAGCCCAUUGUAGCUGCCUAUCCGGCAGCAGCUCCAGCCGUUGCUAAGGUUGCCUAUGCAGCUCCUGCUGUGGCCAGCUACGGCAGCUCUGGACAUGGCGCUGUCUCGCAUCAGUACGUCUCCAAACCUGCUAUUGCCAUCUCUGCGGCUCCAGCCAUAGCAAAGGUUGCCAGCUAUGCACCAGCCGUGGCUACCUAUUCAGCAGGUCCAGCAAUCUCGAAGAUUUCCUCCUAUGCUUCGCCCACCCUAUCCACCUACUCUGCUGCGCCAGGAAUUACAAAAGUCUCAACCAGCUAUGGCAGCUCUGGGCAUGGCGCAGUCUCUCACCAAUAUGUCUCGAAGCCCGCCGUAGCGACCUAUGCAACAGGCCCAGCUGUCACAAAGAUUGGCAGCUACGCUGCUCCUGCUGUCGCUAGUUACUCCACUGGCCCAGCGAUCACCAAGGUAGCCAGCUAUGCUGCUCCUGCCAUCAGCACCUAUUCCGCAUCGCCAGCUGUCGCCAAAGUGGCGACCUACAGCCAGGCAGCCGAUGUCUCCCAUCAAUACAUAUCCAAGCCAGCUACUGUGUAUGCCGCUGUUCCAGCAGUGGCCAAAGUCGCUACCUAUGCAGCGCCUGCCAUAUCUACCUAUGCCGCUGCUCCGGCCAUCACCAAAUUGUCCACAAGUUAUGGUAGCUCUGGUCAUGGCGCUGUCUCGCAUCAGUAUGUGUCCAAGCCUGCAGUGGCUACCUAUGCAGCUGCUCCAUCUGUCACCAAGAUUGCCAGCUAUGCUGCUCCAGCCAUCAGCAGCUAUUCCACAUCUCCGGCAGUGGCCAAGGUGGCGACCUACAGCCAGGCAGCUGAUGUCUCCCAUCAAUACAUCUCCAAGCCCAUAGUUGCAGCCUAUCCAGCUGCAGCUCCAGCCCUAGCCAAGGUAGCUUAUGCAGCUCCCGCCAUAUCCACGUACUCGGCUGCUCCCGCCGUAAGCUACGGCAGCAGUGCACAUGGCGCUGUUUCCCAUCAGUACGUCUCCAAACCUGCCCUGGCUACAAUCUCAGCCGCUCCGGCGAUUGCCAAGGUGGCAUCCUAUGCGCCAGCUGUAGCCACUUACUCAACCGGUCCUGCGAUUUCGAAGAUUUCCAGCUAUGCCGCUCCCGCCAUAUCCACUUAUUCCGCUGCUCCGGCUAUUACUAAGGUGUCCAGCAGCUACGGCAGCUCCGGAAUUGGCGCUGUCUCACAUCAGUAUGUCUCGAAGCCAGCUGUUGCCAUCUCUGCUGCUCCAGCCAUUGCCAAGGUAGCUUAUGCCGCUCCAGCUGUUUCCACAUAUUCCGCUGCUCCCGCCGUAAGCUACGGCAGCAGUGGACAUGGCGCUGUUUCCCAUCAGUAUGUGUCCAAGCCUGCCCUGGCUACAAUCUCAGCUGCUCCAGCGAUUGCCAAGGUGGCAUCCUAUGCAGCGCCAGCUGUAGCCACUUACUCAACCGGUCCUGCGAUUUCCAAGAUUUCCAGCUAUGCCGCUCCUGCUCUAUCCACCUAUUCUGCUGGCCCGGCUAUUACUAAGGUGUCCAGCAGCUACGGAGGCUCAGGAAUUGGUGCCGUCUCGCAUCAGUACGUCUCCAAGCCUGCAGUUGCCAUCUCAGCUGUUCCAGCCAUAGCAAAGGUUGCCAGCUAUGCUCCCGCAGUGGCUACCUAUUCAGCGGGUCCAGCAAUCUCGAAGAUUUCCUCCUACGCAUCACCUACCGUAGCUACAUACUCCGCUGCUCCUGCAAUUACAAAAGUCUCCACCAGCUACGGCAGCUCUGGGCAUGGCGCAGUCUCUCACCAAUAUGUCUCGAAGCCCGCCGUAGCGACCUAUGCAACAGGCCCAGCUGUCACGAAGAUUGCCAGCUAUGGAGCUCCUGCUGUAGCCAGCUAUGGAGCGACGCUCUCCAAGAGCUACUUGCCAGCUGCGCCGGCAGUUCUCGCUGCUCCGGCUCUUACAAAAGUUUCCACUAGCUAUGGUGGAUCCGGUGCCAUUUCCCAUCAGUAUGUGUCGAAGCCAGCCAUUGCAGCUGCUCCUGGCCUUGCCAAGGUGUCCUAUGGAGCGCCAGCUUUAGUUUCAGCCAUUGGCAGUGGAUACGCCAGCACGCAAUACGCGUCCAAGCCAGCGAUAGCUAUUGGUGCGGGUCCAGCAAUUGGCCAUGGCUACUCCUCAUCCAAGUUGGGAUUGGGCUUGGGCGUGGGCCUGGGCUAUGCCGCCUCGGGACAUGGUGUUAUCUCCAGUCAAUAUGUGUCCAAGCCGGCAGGCGCUGCAUUGCUAACGGCUCCACUUGGCAAGCUGACAACUGGACCAGCAAUUCGCCACGGCUAUGCCAGUAGCACAGCCUAUGGAAUCAAUGCGGGCAAAUUGGGCUUGGGCUCGGCUGGGGCACAUGAUGGCGCGUACUACGGUGCCAUUUCACUGGGUCACGCUGCCGUCUCACCUGCACUCACCUACCAUGGUGCUCUGGCCCAUGGCGCCGUUGCUGGUGGUGGACUGGCGCAUCUGGGCGCACCACUGGCUGACUACAGCCUUGGCCAUGGCAUUGGUGCCUUCGGCGCUGGCUUCAAUCGCUAUGCGCCCAGCGUCUCAGCGCUGAGUGCCCAUGCUCCGCUCACGCCCGCUGCUUACCUGAAGUCCGCACCCGUAGCCCAGCAUGCGCUGCUAAAGGUUUUGCCAGAGAAGCAUCUCGAGCACUUCGAUGCGCAUCCACGCUAUGCCUUUGAGUAUGCGGUAAAUGAUCCUCACACUGGCGAUAACAAGCAUCAGCGCGAGGAGCGCGAUGGCGACGUGGUCAAAGGCGAAUACUCCUUGGUCGAGCCCGAUGGCAAUGUGCGCACUGUCAAAUACUAUGCCGACUGGGAGACGGGCUUCCAUGCCGAGGUCAUCAACAGUCGCGAUCAGGGCAAAACUGUGGCCAAGCGCCAGACAGCAGCCAAGUCUUGAGCGCCUGUCCAUGCAUCAGUGACUUGUUUUGUUUGCCAGCACAACUGUAAAUAGCCUACGAUUCAAUUUUCUUCUCAUUAAACAUUAAACGUAUUUAUGUAAAUCCCACAAAAACAACAAACACACAACAACAACAACAACAACAACAGCAACAGAAAGCAAUAAGCAAAAACGUAACAGAGAGCCGCCAUCUAGCACCAGCACAUAACCGUUAUCGUUACUCAUUCUAUCUAUCUCUUUUUUGCUCAUGUGAUAAGCGUUUCCACUUGAACUGCUUGAACUGCUCUCUUUUCUCAUUGAACUGCGCGUUCUUACGAAUGUCUAUAUAUGUGCACACACACACACGCACAUCCAUACAUACAUAUGUUUAUACGUGUAUAUAUUGUGUAAAUUGUAAAUUGUAAAUUGUAAACUGAAUAAACAACAUAUAAGAACGCUACAGUCGAGAGCGCUCG